AUGAAACCUGCCAACCUCGCUCCCCUCCUCGUCCUGCCCUUCCUGUUAGCUGCAGGCCAGCCCGGGGAGCUUGGCAAGCCUCGUCAUGGUCAGGCGGAGAGCUGUUGGGCGCUUGAGAGGAGGAGCCUAGUGCAGCUGGAUGCGGCAGAGACUGUUACAUGGCUGGAGUGCCGGCAGGCAGAGGAAGCGACGGUGGAGGCGCUGAGAAGAAGCGACGUGACGGGGGCUGAGCUUGCGGUGUGCGAUGGGGAUGUCGAGGAGGGAACUAGAGGAGGUGAUAAGCAUGAGCGCGGUUCAAGCAUGGCGGCUGAGUAA